AUGAGUUUGAACAAGAAUCUUCCAAAAAUAAAACUGCCAAUUGAAGCAGCUGCAGAAGUGUUCAAGAAUCUGUCUAGAGUAUUCCCGUGCUUUAGCCUGGGCACCAAAUACCUGCAGACGAAGUGCAAGCCAGCAGCAUCCUUCCCUGAGAAAAUAGAAGUAGCGGUGUCGUUCAGUCUGAAGGGCUGCCACAAGCACCCGCGGACACAGACAUACGCUCUUGCCUUUUUGGUUCGGGAAUUAAUGAUAUAUUUUACUCUUCUUCCGCAGGAGCAGCAAAACCUCUUCAGAAAAGACCUGCAGAGCGUAUACGAUGCCGCUCGCACUAGGUCAAUGUUUUUACUGGGUGAUUUUAAUGGAGAUUUUUUCGAAAAUCUUAUGAAGAAUGUUUUCGGAAUGAGCAAAGAAAUAAUUGAAGACCCUGCUGAAAAAGGAUUUGUAAAACAGGCAGCAGAGAUGGUUAUGCACUGGCCCAUGCGGCUGUUCACUAAAAACAACUACAAAACAUGCCCUGUCCAUCAAAUGGCGUACUCCGAGCUUUUGAAGGAGUUUGAGUGCGCCAUAAGCAGAGAUAAGGACAGAGUGCUAAACGGCCAAAAUAGCGGAGAAUGGUCAGUGAUUAGGGAGCUGUACAUACGAACCAUGGAAAGAGUCGGGACCACGCCUUCCUCCAUGAAAGAGAUACUUUUUAUUCUUAAGAUAGACAAAGCGUGCAGAGACUACUCUCCCUCUCUGCUCAUUCGCGGGGGCAUAGUGGGCAGCCUAAGGAUAAACAGAAAAAAGUACCUGGACAACACGAUUGCAGCGCUAAUCAGUAAGCCCGAGGAGUACUCAGUGGGCGAGCUGCUGAGAGUGUCGAAAGAGUGCGAAUAUUUUGGGAUAAUCGAAAACAUUCUGAAAAAGCUGGUGGAAGAAGGCGCAGAAAAGAGCGAUCUGCAGCCAUUCAACAGCCUCAUGGAGAUUGAAGUAGCAGAGGCCCUGGAAGCACCGCAGGAGGCCAGGAAAGAGAGAAGUGAGCUGCUGGCAGCUGAGUCGCAUCGGAUGUGCGAGGAAGUCCUUGAGGAGAUGGCAAAGAGCCCCAGCAAAAAGAGAGACAUCUCGAUACUGCGCAAAGAAAUUACAAUGGUAAACAGAAUCCUUCUAAAUCAAAAGGUAGACUCGAUUAUGAAGAGAAACUCGUCAUCUCAGGAAGACAAGAUCGAUUUGAUCGUAAGGGAGUGCGAGGAAGUUUGGAACAAGUUCAUUAGAAAAAUUAGCGCGUGCAAAAAAACAGAACAGAAUUUGGACGCAUCCAAUUUGAGAAGUGAGACAAGAGAAGAAUUAAAAAAAGAGGAAGAAAUUGAGUUUUCGUAUUUUUCAAUACUGUGCAGUGAGAAAAUGAACAAAACAGAAGACACAGCGAACACAGAAGAAGAGCCAAAGACAGAAGACCCAACUGUCAUUCGAUCAGAAAAAAAAGAGAAAGCGUCCACACAGACAGAAGAAAAAGAAGAACUAGCGAAGAUUGACCCAUCUAAAAGCAUAUCUGUAGGAGAAGGGAGAGCAGACCCAGCACUCAUCCGCAGUGCUACCUCUCCUUCGCUGAUCUCAGCCACUGCUCCUUCGCUGCCUUCAAAGGCUGUUGCACCUCCUGCUGUUUCUACACCCAUUUCUGUGAUGAGCAUAGGGCAGUCUCCUAAGGAGCCAGUGUGCUCUGAUGUUCGGUGCAGAGAGCACAAAAUAAAAGAAGAGGAUGUGCAUCUGCUGGAAACCUCAGCAGAAGUUGAUGAAGCAGAAGAGAAGAAGAAAAAGCCGCAGAGAUUGGAUGAAAUACGAGAAUAUUUUGGCGGGCUGAGGUAUGCGUGCUUCUAUUCGAAGAACUUCCCGGAUCCGCUGAGGCAUGUCCUCAAAACUACGCCCUGGGUGUACCAGAGGAUAAAGACGCUUUACGACAGAGGAUUUACACAGAAACUCGAGCAGGGACACGUUAGUGUGUGCAGAAGAAGCCUUUUCAGAGAUGCGUACAUUGAGCUGGUGAAUGCCCGCGAGACCAGCGAGAUAGUAAACCAGCUGAGAGACGAGGUGAUUGUGAAUAAGUACAUGGAAACCCUGAAGAAGCAGACAAUUGAAAAGAUGAUUGUCAUGGAAAAGGCCGAGAAGAUGAAAAAAAUAGAAGAAGAGUCGCAGAAAAAACAAAAACAAAAAUUUUCUACAAAAAUAAUUGAUAGGAUAGCCUCGUUCUUCGACUUGUGUUUCACAAAGAAAGUGCCUGUACCCACUGCAGAAGAAGAAAUAGACACAUGGGAGUUUGAAAGAAGAAAACAGAUGCAAAGUGAAGUGGUGUUCACCAAGAAUGUGUCCGAUAAAGUGUCGCUUGGGUUCUUGAAUGUCUCCAGGGCUCUAGUUGAUCUGAUUGGGCAUACGCCUGGAUACGUAUAUAGAAAACAGCCAGAUGCAGUAAGCCCAGAAGAAAGAUACAGAGAGUGGAUCAUCCAGGAAAUACCCGUAGACUACAACCAAGUGAGAAACAACCCAGAUGAACUGAGGGCUCUGUCAAUGGUCUUCAACAAAUACAUCAGAAGCUUUAACGGUGGAAUUAUAUCAAAGUAUCUGUACAUAGCAGUGGCUGAAAGAGCAAAGAAAGUGCCCGUGGACAAAGUGGACUACGGCCUGGGCCUUCUCAUGCUGGCCACAAUGGGCGCAAAUGCCCUUUGGCUGCUGAAGCACGUCGUAUACACAAUAGAAAAAGUGGCAGAGCAUGAAGAAGCAAACUUUGUAUCUUAUCAAAACAUAGUAAAUAUCGUAGCACAGAAUCUCUUGGCAGAUGAUGUCCCCUACACAAUGGAUACGUUUGCUGUUACGCUGGAGCUGGCCCAUUCUCUUUUUGCGGUCACGAGAAACAUCUCCUUCAUCGAAGAAAUAGGAGAGUGA